UCCCCUCUGCUCAUUUCUCCUCUCUAUAGAAAUGACUACUCUUCCUGACACUGCCACAACCCCACUGCCUAGACUAGAGGAGACCACCGCUGCCUCGAGAGGACCAGGCACUACUGUGUGGUCUCUGGGCGGUCUGUGUGACUUUGAGUCCAGUCUGUGUGGCUGGAUCCCAGACAGCAUGUCAGAGCUGAGCUGGUCUCUCCACAGCGGCAGCCUCUCCUCUGGUCUAACACCCAGUCUGGAUCUACCUCUCUCUCUGCCCAAAGACGACGUGGGUAACUUCCUCCACAUCGAGGCCAGCCCCAGGACAGAGAGGCAGCGAGCCCGUCUGGUGAGCCCCGCUGUAGGGCCUGAGAGAGGGCCGCUGUGCCUGCUCUUCAACUACCAGCUCCAGGGGCCCGAGAACCAGGGCCUGGGGUCCCUCAGGAUCCUCAUCAGAGACAACGACCGGGAGGAGACUCUGCUCUGGUCCCUCAGAGGAGACCAGGGGUCCGUGUGGAAGGAGGGUCGCACCAUCCUGCCCCAGUCACCCAAAGAGUACCAGGUGGUGAUUGAGGGCUUCUUUGAGCACAGCAACCGAGGACACAUCUGGAUCGACAACAUCCACAUGAGCUCCAGUACUGAGCUGGAACAGUGUACCCAACCCUUCGCUGCAUUCCCUCCUGACAUGACUGGGGGAGCUCUUCCUGGUGCCAGUGAGCCCACAGUAGACACAGAGGUGUCAGUGCAGCCCAUCCCCCCCUUCUGGUAUUAUGUAAUGGCCGGCGUUGGGGCUCUGUUGCUCCUGGCAUCAUUCACUCUGGUCGUGGUUCUCUGUUGUCACCGCUAUCAACUAGCAGCCAAGAAGAACGGCCAGCACUCAGUGUCCUACCAGAGUGCCCACUACCACAGCUCUCACUACGGCCCUGGGCCUAACCACAACCACUACCCCGGGCCUGGGGGGGUUAUGUCGGCCCACUACCCCAACGGAGGGCCUCUGUCUGGGUUGGGGCUGGCAGGACCCUCCGCACCUCCAAUGGAGCCCAUGCUGUCUAUCAGGCUGGAGAAGGAGGAUGAGCCUCGAGGCUCCCAGUGCUGACUAUGUUUGACACAGAGACAGACAGAGAGACAGUACUGUGACUGGGCGGGCUGAACCAGACGGAACACCUGCCCUCAGAUAUCUAUAGACACCCUCAGAUGAUGUCAUGAAGGAACGAUCUGGUCCGACUGGCCCUCUGUUUGGGAAUCUGCUGUCUCUGAAGGAACAUUUAAAUAAAAAUAAAAAAACAACAACAUUAAGAGCAACAACAACAAAAAAGGCACCGAAGUUUCCUUCUGUCGCUGAUAUUGUUGGUUCCUCUUCCUCUUCCUCUGUUGCUGCUUUGUGGCUUUAAGACAGGACGAGGAGGGUUUGCUGUGAUGAUGUGCUUCCUGUUUCAUUGAGCUUGUUUACGUCCAAAACGUCUAGCCAGAACCCUUAGCGGCGGGGCCCCGACUCCCACAAAGGGUUUCUGGGAAAGAUGGGAUUCGGAAUAUGAGUCUACGUCUCAAUUGGCACCCUAUUCCCUAUAUAGUGCACCAUGGGCCCUGGUCUAAACUAGUGUGCUGUAUAGGGGUAGGUUGCCAUUUGGGACGGCCCUUAGUCUUUCAGUGGGGAGUUAAACCUUUGAUUGAACAGUCCAGAGGAGAGGACACUCUUAUAGCGGUGCCAAGAUGCUGUUGGGAGGAGAGAUGGAAACCGAGACAGAGAUUGAGUGGGUGAGAGAGGAGAGGAGAAAAAGAGAGAGAGAGCAGAGGGGAGUGGAGCCUGGAUAGUCAGAGGGAGUUGUUUCCACGUGUAGAGCACUUCUGACAUUUACAACAGGAGAGGUGCUCUGUUCACAUAUACACAGAGAGAGAGAGAGAGAGAGAGAGAGAGAGAGAGAGGGAGAGAGAGAGAGAGAGAGAGACAGAGAGAGAGAGAGAGAGAGAGAGAGAGACAGAGAGAGACAGAGAGAGAGAGAGAGAGAGAGAGAGAGAGAGAGAGAGACAGAGAGAGAGAGAGAGGGAGAGAGAGAGAGAGAGAUCUGCUGCUCUUGAAGAAGGAGUCAGGAGAGAGAGAGGUAUGUCGGUACGACAUAUCUCUAUUUUGUUUGACCUCCCUCCUGCCUUUGGAGAGAACUCUGGUCCGUGUUUCAGUUUGCUUGGAUGAUGGACUUGCGUGUGUCUGUUUAGAUAUAUUAUAAACUAAUGUUUUAUUUUCCUUUAUGAAGGACUGAAGCGAUGGAGACAAUCCUGAACUAACUGCAUUGGCGCACCUAUCAAUGGAGACAAUAUUUGUUUUCUUACUAUAUGCAACAGUCUUCUGAAGCUACCUUAGACAGCCUAUACCCUCUGAGACAGACUAUACCCUCUGAGACAGACUAUACCCUCUGAGACAGACUAUA